GGGCCAAAUCUUAGAGCUUCUUCUCACGUCAACAAUGGCAGUGAUCGUGUCCUUUCCGUACUGGAAGAUGGAAGAAUUUAGUGGCAAAAGGCGGUUCCCAUUUUUCUCAAAUUCAAGCUACUUCAACCGUGGCGGAAUCCUUUCACCGUUGAAGCUGAGGCGGAAGACGGGAGCUAAGGAGCGUCGAGCGGCGGAAAAGAACGAUGGGACGGGUUUUUGUUGUGGAAAGGGAAGGGAGGUCCUACAGAUGCAAGUACUGCAACACCCAGUUAGCUCUCUUCGACGACCUUGCAUCUCGGGCCUUUCAUUGCCGCCGUGGAAAAGCAUACCUUUUCAAUAAUGCGAUAAACAUUUCUUUUGGAGCAUUGGAAGAGAGGAUGAUGCUCUCAGGAUUGCAUACUGUAGCAGACAUAUUUUGUUGCACAUGUGGACAAAUUGUCGGGUGGAAAUAUGAAGCAGCACAUGAGAAGAGCCAAAAGUACAAGGAGGGAAAGUAUGUUCUUGAAAGGGGGAGGAUAGUCGACGACAUUGAAUUCUCUACGGGCUUCUUUAUAGACUCUCGGUCUAGUAUCAGUGAUAGCGAAGAUAAUUAGAGUGCACUAUUAUCAUGUAGUAUACAGUAAACCAUAAUAACUACCUAAUGAUGAUGUUCUGGUCUGCAUAUAAUCUAAUAAUGUUUGGACCAUGUAAAUGCAGAGUUAUCUAGAUGGGCAUGCUUUUUUCUUUCUUCCUU